AUGGAUGACUUCAACAGCGACACAGACAGCGACUAUACAAGUUACUGGCGCGACUGGUUCAUAUCUUCACGAGGAAACGAGUACUUUUGCGAGAUCGACGAAGAAUACCUCACCGACCGCUUCAACCUCACGGGACUGAACACUGAAGUUCAGUACUACCAAUACGCCCUCGACCUGGUAACAGAUGUUUUCGACUUUGACUGCGAAGAUGAGAUGCGGGAACAGAUUGAGAAGUCGGCGCGACACCUGUACGGCUUGGUCCACGCCAGAUAUAUUGUCACAACAAGGGGGCUAGCAAAGAUGGUAUGCUCAAACCUGGACGGCGUCGUGUUUGCGCCCGGCUGACAGGAGACCCAGCUCGAGAAGUUCAAAAAGUCAGACUUUGGCAAAUGCCCGCGCGUCAUGUGCGAGUCGCAACCGCUCCUGCCCAUGGGCCAAUCCGACGUAGCCAACACCUCGCCCGUCAAGCUAUACUGCUCGCGUUGCGAAGACCUUUACAACCCAAAGUCCUCACGGCACGCUGUUAUCGACGGCGCCUACUUUGGCACGUCCUUCCACAACAUUCUCUUCCAGGUAUACCCUGCGAUGCUCCCCCCGAAAUCCCAACGACGAUACGAGCCCCGCGUAUUCGGCUUCAAAGUACACGCUGCGGCAGCGCUGUCGAGAUGGCAAGGCGAUCAGCGCGACUCGAUGAAAGAUCGGUUGAAGGAGCUGAAGAUCGAGACAGGCUUCGAGGAAGAGGACGAGGAGCUGGACGACGACGACGAGGAAGACGAGGAGAUGGAGGGCGGAGAGGGGUUUCAGGGUGCAGCCGUGCCGCAGCAGUAG